AUGGGAUUCUCCCUGGCCGCCGCUGCCCUGGUGGCUGAACUGAUCUUCGUCGCCGCCGCAGCACCGCCGCCGCGAACGGCGGAGGCGGCGGCAGGCUGUGGCGGUGCCACCGCCGCCGCGCAGGAGAUGCGCGCCGCCGGGUACUUCUCCUUCGUGAUGCUGAUGAACAUGGCGGCGCCCCCCGGCUCCGCCGCCGCGGAGAACGCCACCUUCCUGAUGCCCUCCGACGAGCUGCUCUCGGCGGCGCCGCCGCCCUCCGGCGGCGAUCUGGCGGCGUUCCUCGCCAGGCACUCCAUCCCCGCCCCGUUGGCCUUCGAGGAGCUGCAGCUCCUCCCCACCGGCACGGCGAUUCCCACCUCCGCCGUGGGCUUCAACCUCACCGUCUCCCACGGCGGCGGCGCCGGCCGCCGCCGCCUGUACCUCGCCGGCGUGGAGGUCGUCAGGGCCGACGUCUGCUCACCGGAGGGCUCCCCGGUCCGGUGCCACGGGAUGGGCGGCGUGCUGGGCACCACCUCGCCGGGGUGCCCAGCCCACGGCGGAGCCACCGCGGCGCCGCCUCCCCCCGCCGCCGGUGGCCCAGCUCCCCUCCACACACGUCUUUUCGCCGCCACCGCCGCCGCCGCCUCGUUCCUCCUCCUGUCCUGA